AUGCUAGAAUCAGUGGAUAAUAUCAAAAGAAUGUGGCGUCAAAUGGGCAUCAAUUAUGUACGAUACUCACAAAUUGCAGCGUCAGCUACGCGAAAAUGUCUGAAAAAAGGAUUGAAGAAAGAAGCGGAAAAACCGGUGACAACAAGCGUGAAAAUUACGUCGUGGGAAAACGGAAAACCAUUGAAGAAAGAGUGA